GAUAGUUCAGGUCCGGUCACACCUGUGAAUAGAAUCUCUUACGUUUUUGUUUUUUGGCUAUAUUUAUUAUUGUUAAAAUUGGAGCCAUGCCAGCUGCUGUGCGCAAGUUCCGUCGCGAGACCAGCGAAAUCAGCUGCUGCCUUAAGUACCUUCUGUUCGCCAGCAAUGUAAUCCUAUGGCUCUCGGCCUUGCUGGUCCUUUCGGUUGGCAUCUGGGCUUGGAGUGAAAAGGAUAUGUUCCGCAACAUCACUCGGCUGCACUUCAUCGCCCUGGACCCAGCCUUCGUGCUAAUCAUCCUCGGGUGCAUCAGCUUCCAGCUGGGUUUCAUGGGCAGCGUGGGCGCCCUGCGAGAGAACACUUGCCUCCUUGCAGCGUACGCCAUUUUCCUGAGUGUCCUGCUUAUGGCCGAGAUUGGCUUUUGCGCUGUGGCCUUCGUGCUUAAAGACAAGGGCUGGAUCAAGGACCAGGCAACCGAGGGACUGAAGGCCUUCAUUCGGCACUAUCGCGAGGACGCAGACCAGCAGAACCUUAUUGACUGGAUCCAGGAGGACUGGCUGCAGUGCUGCGGCAUUGACGGGCCAAAGGACUGGGACAGCAACAACUACUUUAACUGCUCGUCCAUCGCCAUCGGCAGCAGGGAGGCGUGCGGAGUGCCGUUUUCCUGCUGUCGCAGGCGUCCCCAGGAGCUGAUUAAAAACAAACAAUGCGGCUACGAUGUGCGCAAAGAGGGAUAUCCGGUGGAUAGGAACAUUCAUGAGCGAGGGUGUUUGCGCGCUGGCGAGGAUUGGCUGGAGGCACACCUCAUUAGCGUGGCAAUCUGUUGCGUGGCCUUGCUGGUUCUGCAGGGCAUGGAGCUGUCCAAGAUAAUCUAUGAGAAGGGCUGUGUUCAAGCUGGCGAAGAAUGGAUGGAGCACAAUUUGAUUAUUAUUUCCACUGCUGUUAUUGUUGUAAUGUUUUUCCAGAUCCUAGGCAUUUGCUUUGCUCAGAACCUACGCGCCGAUAUCUUCACGCAAAAGUCAAAAUGGCACUGACAAAUGGCUCUUGCUGCCCCCUCUGCCAUUUAAAAACGCAUCCUAUGCGUCGAAGGAUUGAGGGAACUACGUGGUAAGCAACUCGGGGCAUCACCCACUUUGAACAAACACUGCAACUACUCUUCUGCGCUCCGGUUAGUUAGCUAUACUAUAAAUUACCUAUGUACUCGUAACAUAGCUAUGUGUCUAACUAAAGCAAACGCAUUCCGUCUUCAUGGACAUUGACUAAUAUUAACUAGGUUGCCAAAUUUGUUGCUGUUUUUACGUCGGCUUCCCUAUACCUUAAAAAAAAUGAGAAAAUAAGAGCAAACAUUUUAAAGAGAUUUUCUAAACUUUUUACAAUAAAAGUGAAAGGAGGCAUAUAAAAACAGAAAAAAAUUAUCUUGAAAUGCAGCUGUGAUAUAUUUUUAAAGAAAUGUAUAGAAAACCGAAAUUAUAUGCAACAAUUUCCAACAAAUUAAAUGAAAAUAACACGAAACUCAAUUCUUAACAGAGCAAAUACAAGCUAUCACAUGAGAUAUUUGUCUUAAAAAUAAUAUGUUAAUAGUUAUUUUUGUAAGAGAAUAAAAACCCAAAGGUGUGUGGGUACCAAAAUCGCAAAACAAAAAAUAAGAAAAAAAAACAAUUUGCUAGUUAAGUAUUAAUGAGCUUAAACCAAUUUAAUGCACAAAAAAUCGUUAGCUUUACAGCAUAUAAAUAUAUUUUUGCAACACGCAAUUGUAAUUGAGUAAAGAGGAAGACAAUUGUUGGUAUAUUUAUUAAAAAGCGCACAUAUAUGCUUGAGUAAGACCAUCUUAAAUUCGCUAUUGUACCUUUUUAAAUCUGCAUUGCAAACAACCGUAAUACCGAAAAACUGUAUUAUUUACUUACAAAUGAAAUGCUAAUUUUCUGUUCACAAAGAGUGAUUAGUCUUUGAAUACAUUUAAUAAAGACUUUUGCCUAUACAUUUCAUUACACCACUGCCCUAAAAGAGUAUUAAAUGAGGUUAAAUUUGUUUUCCAAAUAGCUAAAAGGUCCUGUAAACUGUGUCUUAGUCAGAUUCUUUUAAAAUCUAAAAAAAUGAUUUUUUAAAACAACUUAAAGACAAUUAUACUCACAUUGA